GGAGCCAAUUUUCUGUCUUAGUCUCGCAGUGUUUUGACUGGAGGCAGAUCCAGUUCAGUCCGAUCGGGGCUAGUGGAAACAACUACCCAAGUCUCUGCUGUCUGUUUCGUUUGGGAGGGAAGAAAGAAGAAAGAAACGCGAUCCCCAACUGCUGGGCGCGCUCGCUCGCUCUCACACACACGCACACGCACCCCCCGCUGCACACACACACACGCACCGCAGGCACACGCACACGCACAGACAGACAGACAGACUCGCACGCCCGUCGGUGCCGAGCGCGCCGUGCCAGCACCGCCGGGAGAGAAUGGGAAGCGAGUGAACGGAUCCGUGCCGGCGCCGGCGCCCGCGAUGACCCUGGUGCUGCCCAUGCAGCGGCUGGGCCGCCCCAUCGCCGCCGAGGGAGCCGCCGACCUCGCCGCCUACCGCGCCCUCUGGGAGCCGCCCGGCUGCGGCCGCCCCGGCCCCGGCCUCGCCGGUCCCGCCCCGGCCCCGGCCCCCGGGGCCCCCGCCGCAGGAUCGCAUUACAGGGGAAUUUCAAAUCCUGUAACAACAUCCAAGAUCACAUACUUUAAAAGGAAAUAUGUGGAAGAAGAGGAUUUUCAUCCACCACUCAGCAGCUGUACACAUAAAACAAUCUCCGUGUUUGAGGAGCGGGCCCAUAUUCUCUACAUGUCUUUGGAAAAGCUGAAAUUCAUUGAUGAUCCUGAAGUCUACCUGCGGAGAUCCGUCCUCAUCAACAACCUAAUGAAGAGAAUCCACGGAGAAAUCAUCAUGCAGAACAACUGGUGCUUCUCUGCCUGCUCCUUCAGCGGCACCUCGCCACAGGAGUGGUUUGUGCCUCAGGACUGUCCGUACAGAAAACGCCUUCGGAUGGCAAAGGAGGAGUACGAGAAGCUCCACACGUGCUGCUUCUAUCAAGAGUGUGGCAGUCACUAUUUAAAUCUACCCUACUCUGUUAAUGCUAGUACAGAAAAUACUUCUUCCUCUUCCUCCUCCACUUCUUCCUCCUCCUCACCCUCUUCUUCCUCCUCCCCCUCCAUUUCUUUGCCAAGCUGUUCCCAGCAGGUGGAUUAUGACAUUGGCAGUGCCCCUUCUUACAGAAGUGAUGACCAGAUACCUGCUAAUGAAAUAUUCAUCACUAAUGCCAGGUCUCACAGUAAUCAGGAAAAGGCAAAAUUUAAUGACGAGAAAGGAGAUAACGAACCUGAGCGAGAGAGUGUCGCCCUAAACUGUGAACCUGUAAGAGGCACCCAUGCUCUCGAAUGUAAAGGCAAAUUUUAUGACUAUUCUGAGACUGGAUGUAAUGACAAGAGCAACAUAAGUGAAUCUUGGAAAAAAUCCUUAAGGAAAAAAGAAUCUUUACCAAGUAAUAAAAUGUGCUGCAGCAAAGGAAGUAAAAUAUGAGGCAUCUUUCUUGCUCUGUCAAAGCAUGCGCAGCAUGUUCGUUUGUCUAUCAAAUUUUUAUUUUGAAUGGAUUUUUUAUAGUUUUCUACAAAUGAUACAAUCAUGCCACAAACAUUACAUGUAGUUCUAAAUGACUGGAGAGCAGAUUGCAUAAAGCGUCUCUAUGAUCUGCAUCAGCGGGCUAUUUAUAAAUAUGGAGACUUCAUAAAGGACGCCGUUGCGUUACUGCUUAGCACUGUAGUCUGUACAGCUAUGGUGUAGCUUUCGUUACUGAAAAUACCAAUCAGCCAGAUGGGGAAAACAUAUUGUUUUAUAUGUCCCCGCCCCCAAGAAGUCUGACAUUAAUUAAGAAGAACCUCCAUUAUGUUUACCAAGGAAUCAGAAGUCUGGUAAACAAAUUGAUGCUACCAGCAAGGGCAAUGUGCUCCUUGUAACUCAGUAUUUGUUCUGACAAAGGACCAUCUUCAUGGACUGGGAAUAAACCAUUCUUACGUUUUGUACUGAUA